AUGGCCCGCAGUGAGCUUUCUCUGUUCCUCACCUCGUCCAUGGCGCCUCCGCAGCAGCGCAGCGGCUACGUCAAGUGCUACUCCUGCUCGUACGCCUGGAACUGGAAGACCAAGCAGACGUGCUACUGGUGUGGCAAAGCUUUGGCGCCGUGGACAGAUGCCCCGCCUCCGGUGCAAGGUGCUUGGGCGGCCCGUGUCUCAGCCGCAGCCCAGGCCGAGGCCAAGUGCACCCAGCAGUCCAGCCCCGAGGGAGGUUGGGAGCCGUGGUCAUCAUGGCCCAAGUCCCGCCGCCGCCGUGGCAAGGGCAACGGCAAGGACCAAGACGACGACUGGUGGGCCAGCAAGAACGACACCCCCAAGGCUCGCUCCGCCGAGGACAUCUUGGCGGAGCUCCAGGCGAUCGCCCCCCACAUCGACAAGGCAGCCAUUGACGGCAUCAAGUCGCAGAUUCCGCCGCCCCAGCCGCAGAAGCCAGCCGACCUCAACGACAUCUACAGCCGCGCCCAGGCUACGGAGCGCCGCUGCAAGAACAACCUGGAGAGGCUGCUGGAGAGCGAGCAGAAGGCGCUCAGCUGGUACACAGAGCGCAAGCAGGGUGAGACGGGACGCCUACCGUCAGAGACCACGAUCUACGACAACCCACCGAUCAUCAAUACAAUGGACGCAGUCCUCGACCCGUUCGACGAGCUGGCCGAGUUGGACGCCCACAUCGAUUUCGCAGUUUCCGAGCAGUACGCUACCGCCCCGCCCGAGACGCUGUCCUCGGUAGGGGGCGAUGAGGCGGCACAGACCGUCGACCCCGUGGCAUGGGACCCAGGGCAGCCGCAGCGUACUACGCGGUCCGACCCUGAUGCCGCUCCGCCCGAGACGCUGUCCUCGGUAGGGAGCGAUGAGACGGCACAAGCUGUCGACGUGCAUGCGGUACAGGAACCAGGGGAGCCUUCGCCAAAGGCAAACCCUGAUGCCGCCCCGCCCAAGACGCAGUCCAUGGUAGGGGGCGAUGAGAUGGCGAAAGCUGUCGACACGCCCGCAGGGAAAGGGCCAUGGAAGCCCAGCAGCCCGAGAGCCGACCCUAGUCCCGCCUACCAAGACGAAGGCCCUACGAAGCCCCCGCUGUCAGACCAUUCCCUGUUCUUCUCCAACAUUACUCAAUGGGGACCACAGUCGGAGAAAUGGUUGGCAGGACCAGGCAAGCAAUAUCAGAUGGUAGCGUUAGUUGAAACACACAUCUCGCCUGGAAAAGCGCCGCCCAUCUACGACAAGCUAGCAGCGGAUGGUUGGAGAAUAUCAUCGACUACGGCCACUCCUACCAGUAGAUCAGACGGCGGCAACACGGGUGGCGAGAUCAUCUUAUCCAGGUACCAAGUCCAGGCCACCACGUUCAACCACCUCCGUGACCUUGCCAUCUCCCAACGCAGGCCUGACCCGUUCCUCGGCUUCACGCCCAUGGUAUGGCACAGACGUUCUGGCAACUUGGUUGUUAUUGCCGCGCAUCUGGAACCCCACAGGCAGAUCGAGGGUGCAGUACACGAUAAGCUACUUUCGCUGGGAGCGUUCGUUACUAUGCUCACAGACCCUUGGAUCAUCCUGGCCGAUUGGAACAUGACACCAGAGCAGCUUGCAGCGACAGAGUGGCUCGCCAAAUGGAAUGCUACCAUCGUGCGAGCACCUGGAUCCGCCACUUGCGACAAGGGCCAGGGACUCACGCUUGAUUUCGCAUUGGUCAAGACUGGCAUCGAGCACACGAUCUCCAUUCGCCAGUGCCCCACAGUACCCUGGGCCACCCACGUUGGCCUUGAAGUUCGAGCAGGCAGUGCAGACCCCUGGUGGUAUCAGUCGAUCGAUACCCCCAAGUCCUUCCCCAUAGUGAUCAGACCCAGGAUUCCGCCAGACCCCAACAGCAAGACCGCCAUCAAGAAACGUAAAACAGCUGAAGCUCGAGCAGCACGUCUCCGUGAUCUACCUCCUGAACUCCAACAAGCAGCAGCACAGCUUCAGCCACAAGACGAGCCCGCAGCACAGGAACCUAUCCCCUACGCCAUCCCGAUGGACUCGUGGGAAAAACAAUGGCAGGAAGCGGCACCCACACGUUGUAAGCAGCCACACGCGCACUUCGUGUACAGACACUGGGUGCACGACGCCGACGUCCUCAACCUCAAGUACGCCAAAUGGGUCACGGCGCUCGAGAACACCAUGAUCAGCCACCACCAGAUUGACCCGAAGGAAGCUGCAGCAUACACUGGCCGAGCUCAGGGCUACCAGUUAUCUUGGAAGAAGACAGCUGCUGCCCCAGGCCGCGUACACGUACACGACUCACAUUCGGAAUGGUGGGCAAUUACGCUCACCCUCAUCAAGCGCUACGCCGCGCUUCACGACCAGCCCAAGCACACAGCGCUUAUGCAGCAGCAGGCCACCAUCAUCCAGCAGCGCGCGGACCACUUCAACACUCACAUGCACGACCUUCAGUUCGAGAAGGAUGAGGACACCAUCUUCCGAUGGUUUGCGCUCGUCUGGGCCCCGCACCUGGGCAAGGAUGACACCGACGACUUGGUCACCAUUACCGCUACCUGGGCCUCCAGAGCCCUCUCGGCCGCCCUCGCCAAGUCCAAGAGGGCCUACGGGGCUUGGCUCGCCCAGCAAUGGAAGCACCGCCCUGGAGUACUACACGCCCAUGUCAAGCCAGCACCCGCACGUCACAUCGAGGCCUACACGGCCAACCUGACCAUCGCUGACCUCACCGUCAUCAUGGACAACAAGAAGCAACAAUGGCAGCAAGUAUGGCAAGCCACCGAGACCUCCGACGACAUCCUCCAGGCCCCGUCAAAGGCCAAGGCAGCAGUUGCUCAUCAACCGCUCGAGCCCAUCACAGCCGAGAUCGUACACCGCAUUCACGGCCGCAUGCCACCCAGUAAAGCACACGGAGUUGACGCCCUAGGCGCAGACAUGGUCACUAUCCGCAUUGAACAAAGGAGGUUCCUCGCAAACGGCGACUUCAGCGACUGGGCCCUCAACAACACCAUCAUCAGCGGAGGACAGUGGACCAGAGACCGCCUCCACAACGCGGGCUACCAGAUCGACAGGAACUGCGACCGCUGCAGCGCUGGAGUUCCUGAAACCUUGUUUCACCGAAUGUGGCAGUGCGAGGCGAACGCUGGACCCGAGUUUGAGGCCAGCGACAAGCUACUGCCGCGAGCCUUGGCGGGGGCCGACGCCGACCCCGCCUUGUGGCUCCGCGGCAUUCCCUCUGUUGCUCUCACUACGCCCACGUUCGAGCCAUUGACUGGGAGGGACGGGUGGGAGUUUGUUGGUGCGGUGCGGGAGGGUUUGCCGUCCUGGGAAGGUGCUCGUAACGCAGAGGGUGAGUUGUUUCUUUUUGGUGACGGGUCUGGCGGUGCCUUUUCUGACGACGUCAGGCCAGACCUCACGGACCCCAUCCAGGCGGGCGGGAUGGGGCCGUCGGCACACGAUGUGCACCAGACCAUGUCGUCCGCCCUCGCUGCCAGGCUGGAAGGCAUACACGAGCUGCCAGACGGCGUCCUCCUCGCUUGCCGCGACAAGCGCGGGGCAUGGGGAGACCCGCGAACGGCUACUUCGCGUAUUGCUACCGCUGCCGCGAGUGGCUCGACUUCUCCUCCGCCUUACGGCACACCAGGUGCUCUGGCCGCCACUGGGACCGCGAGCUCGCGGACGCCGCGUGGUACUGGUGGGACGACAUGGAGAAGCUCGGCAAGCGCGUGCGAAGGGGAGAGCACCCUUACGGACUAUGACGGCAUAUACGACCUGCGCAGCUGCAAGACUGCAGAGGUCCAGCGAGGGUUGUGA